AUGAACGUGGCUACCGGGAGGACUCUGGCACUGCAUCUGCAAAGAAGCUCUGCGAGAGCGCGGUCUUCGUUCGGGCCAGCCAAUGUGGGCAGCAACCUCGCCAACCUGGACGUUUUGGGCUCUUCUGCAGUCCCUGAGAACAACAUCGAAAUGAUCUCUAAGGACUCGAUCAUCUUUUCCAACAUGAAGGUUGUGCGAUCACCCAACAAGCAAGGCACUCUUGUUGCUGCAUUGUUGCUGGAUAACCAGAUACUCGAGCUGAACACGAGUUCUAUCAGCAAAAAAGGCCCAUUAGACCUGACGACAACGGAGCUUUUUACAUUGCUGGAAGCGCUCUACCCAAAGCCCGAACUGUUCGUGCUGGGUCUUGGGGGCAGCAGUCGAAUGCUGGGCCCAGAAACCAGAAAACACUUCGCCGAGUUGGGGAUCAUGCUGGAAGUAGGCGACACCAAGAGCGCAGUGCUCAGCUACGACCUGCUGGCUACAGAACGUUCUCCGAAACAGGAAUUGCGUGCUGAACACGUAGGAGUACGCAGCAAGCGUAAGGACACUCAGGGUGUUGAACACGAGGCUGAUUCCAUGGUACUUGCCAAACUCCUUAGUCAAAGCUGCAAUCUGCUCGUUGAUUUCGGGAGUUCUCUCGCUCUCCGGCAGGUCCUCGAGCGCACCCCGUUCAGUCUUCAGACGGUUGCACACCGGCAGCAGCCACAAGUAAUUGGUGAGGCCCGAGAGCGACGAGGCGGCCAGCAAGACAAUCCCGGCAGUCGGGACCGUGUAUGGGGCAGAGAGACCGACCACCACAGGCCCGAUCGACUGCGUCAGGAAAUGGAUAGGGAACAGCUUGGACUGCAGGAGGCCAAACUCCUUGCGGGGCAGCACCUUGAACGCCCUGACCGAGGACACGAACGAGUGGAACGACGUGGCUCCGAAAACAUACGAAUAAGCAAGCAGGUGGACAGCAGUCAGCAUGGUAAAAAUUAA